GUCUACACUGUUCAGUCAGUCACAUCAACUGUGGGAUACUUGAGGUGAACUGCGUAGUUACCGAAGAAAUUCGCGUAUCCUCGUGUUUUAGUUAGUCGGUUUCGGUUUUUCUUUUGGUUAGUUAGUAACGUAGAUAUUGUGAAUCAUGAAGGAAAGAAGAAAUGCACAGCCACUGGUUGUCAGAUGUAAACUGGUGCUGGUUGGGGAUGUUCAAUGCGGGAAAACUGCGAUGUUACAGGUUUUGGCGAAGGAUUGUUAUCCAGAGACGUACGUGCCCACAGUGUUUGAGAAUUACACAGCUUGCCUGGAGCUUGAUGAUCAGCGUGUUGAACUGAGUUUAUGGGACACAUCAGGAUCCCCAUACUAUGAUAACGUGAGACCCCUUUGCUACAGUGACUCUGAUGCAGUGCUUCUAUGUUUUGACAUCAGCCGUCCAGAUAUCUUUGACAGUGGACUUAAAAAGUGGAGGACUGAGAUCCUUGACUUCUGUCCCAGUACUCGUAUUCUCCUUAUUGGCUGCAAGACAGACCUUCGCACAGAUGUCUGCACACUGAUGGAGCUGUCCAAUCAAAAACAAACACCCAUCACUCAUGAGCAGGGCUCUGCCAUGGCCAAACAGUUGGGCGCAGAGGCUUAUCUGGAAUGUUCAGCCUUCACCUCUGAGAAAAGCAUCCACAGCGUGUUUCGUACCGCAGCGCUGGCCUGCAUCAACAAGCUUCAGCCGCUGGCCAAACCCAGCCCGACCCGUCGGCUGUCCAAACGCCUUCUUCACCUUCCCAGCAGGUCUGAGCUGCUCUCUUCCACCUUCAAGAAGGAGAAAGCAAAGAGUUGCUCCGUAAUGUGAGUGGAGCUUUCAGCUCCCCCCAAAAAGCUACACCAUUCCCUGCGCUUUAGUCUGGGGAAGGGGGGUGGGUUCCGAUUGCCACAUCAUUGAAUUGUGGGAUCCUUCCUCACCCCCCAACGAAACACCUAUCAGAACAAGCGGACACCAUGCUGUCCUCUAUGUCCUGAGUUCUUCAACAGUGCAUACCUGUUUUAUCUUGCUUUUUUAAAGAGGUUCGAUCAUCAGCUGUCAUCUAGUCACUCCUUGCUAUUAUCAAGCAAAUUACUGUCGCACCAGUGUUAUUGUGCCAGUUGAAGCUCGGAAUGAUUCAACUUAGUAAAUAGAAAACAAAUGUUUAAAAAAGGUUACAAAUAAUGUUCGUACAAUGUAAGCGUAUAGUGUAUAAAUAUGAGAUCGCUAUCUGAGAUUCAAAAUGAAAGACAUGCAUACAGUAUGCACUAAAGACUCUAGCUGGAGGAAUAGCUCAAGGCGUUGUGGAACAGUGCAUGAGGCCCAGGGCACGUAAAGGAGAAGGCCGGCUGCAUCCGACACUGACGUUUAUUUGGCAUUAUCAUGCUGGUUUGAUUGGCUGCUGUGCAGGUAAAAUGUGAUUAUUAUUAUUAUUAUUUUAAAGUGGAAGCUGCCUGUUUUUGUGGGCCACCACUUAUUUCUUAAAGCGAUUAAGACCGAAACAGAGGGCCAAAAAUAUUUGCCAACCAAAGUCGAUUUUUCAAACCAUCACUCCCUUCACUGAAAUACUCUCUGAUAUAUGUACAAGCUUCUAUUUUUAGAAGCAAUAACUAUCGGAGGGAUUGGAGGGGUGUGACCAAGGUCCAUUACAGUGAUGAUCUGUAUCUACGACUCCUGCUGCUGUAGUGUAGGCAACCAAGAAUCUGUGAACCGAUCCGUGAGGUUUAAAGGCGCUCUAAGCGAAUCUGUGUGACGUUACUUUUUGUUGAUGUUUGAACUGUUUUCAAACAAACGGAGCGUAGCUAACUCCUCCCCGUCCCCUUCCCUUCUGUGCUUUCAUGAACGUGCCUAACACCCCACCCCCAAAUCCUUCUUGUCGUUUAUUGGCUGGAACACGUUGUUUUCGUUUCUGUUGGUAGGUUUGGCCAAUUUGUUUUUAUUGCAGUUUGUGAAGCCUAGGCUGUCUACAGUUUGAUCAGCGGACAGGCAGCAAGCAGAUAGUGGGAAGAUGUUUGCUGUAUGUAACAAAAAAUGUUUUAUGGUCUAAAACGCGUGAAUUCGCUUAGAGCACCUUUAACUCUUAUCAGAUCGAAAUAGGCCUGAUUAAUCUUCUUUUAUUCUCGAAAAUUACCUCCUGAGAUAUUGUAGCACUAUGUUGACGUUUUCAUGAAAUUAUAAAAUGUUAUGAUUUGUGAUCGGACCAGCAUAGAUUUGUUUAGUCACACAUCUAUGUGAUAUUUUAUCGUAGCAUUCAGUGACCUCCAAUGUCCAUUCCUCUAUAUCCGUGCUCAUAUAUUGACCUCCCCGCAGCAGUUCUUCCUGAAAUAUUUGUGGAUAACCUUACCUGGAAUAUACCUAAAGCUUCGUGUUUUAUGUGCAAAGUGCUGAUUUUUAAGUCUGCUUUACACCACAAAGCAAUAAUAAUUAUUUGAGUCUGUAGAGCGGCAAUAAGUAAAAAAAAAAAAAGCCUAGUAAUUAAUCCGUGCUACUGCUUUGUGGACGUACGUACGUACAGUAUAUGUAAGUUGAAAUACAUCACAGCUGCUGUAAAAACAAGCAAAUAUAUUGUGAUUCUGUUAUUAGGUAACAUUUUCGGUCGUACUAAAACAAAUUAAACCAGUUAUUGGAGUACAUCACAUUUGUUCCUCAGCUUUUCAUAGGAAUAGUAAUGUUGCGUUUAUGAGCAUAUGGGAGGUAAAUGCAUUAAGCUGGAAGUAUAGUCCCGUUUAAACACAUACGCGAGGGUCCACGUACACUGUAUGCGCACCCCUACAUUUUUGUUAUUGUGCAUGCGGAUACAAGAGACCGAAGUAUGUAGACCAGAAGAUGCAUUGCAUAUUAUCGCAAUGUGCAUGCGUUGAACGUCUGUGUACACAUAUGAGUCAAAUAAACUUCGCGUAUGUAUGCUCGCGUAUGUACACGUAUAAAAACAGACUAUACUCUUGGUUUUAAGGGCGGGUGGACUUGGAAGAGGAUUCAGACACUGACUCGUGAUAAGGGCUUUGAUUUUUGUGUGUAUCUGCAAGGUCAGAAUGAAAACAGGCUGGCCCUGUUUAUUGAAAGAUAUUUUUACAUAUAACCAUUGCUUUAGUUUGUUGUUUUUUUCUCAUUUCUGUACACAAAUCUGUAUUUUUCUCAUCACAACAAAUCACCAGUGAUGGAAGUGGGCAGCCACUGUAAUUUCUUCGCUCCAGUGGCUGUUUACAGACUCCGCCACUGUGACCGCAACUUUAAUUCCUUUGCAUUGUGUACAAACUGCACAAAUAGAGAAUGACUUUUGGGUGAUGGAGAUUGCAAAAACAUGUCACGUGACUGGUUGGAUGUUGUAGCUGCUGAUUUACUUGCAAAAAUGUUUUUUUUUUAAAGCUCUGGGUAAUCUGAGCUUUCCAGAUGAUUCAUCGUAGAUAAAUGAUUCUGUGCCGUCAGUCAUUACACUGCCAUUGCACAUCGUAGCGUACGAUUACACUUCAAGCAUGUACUGUGGUUCCUCAGUUGUACAGAUCCUGUUUUGUAAUCUUUGUAAGACAUGUAAAACAAUGUCAUGAGAUUAAUAUUUGUUUAUGUUGUGAAUUGACAAAUAUGUGCUUGAUGUAAACUUGCUUAGUCUUAUUUAUUUGGAUUCAUCGUUUGAGGUGAUUAUUUUACGUUUGUGUUGUACACACAGUUUUGUUUCUUAACAUUAUUGUUUUGAAUUAUUGAAUUUCCCCUCUCUUUGUCUUUGCAGUAAUAAAGCUUGCCUUUGUGUGGCA